AUGGCGCUCAUGAGACGCUGUUGUUGUUGGGAACUUCGUACCGCCACAUUCUCCAAUUUGAUCACAAUAACGAUUCUUGCAGGCGGGGCCUUGCUGCUGCGUUUGUUGGACUUCGGAGCGAUCCUGUCUCCAGAUUUUGAAAUCAACCAAAGUUUUAAAACUCCCUGGAAGUCUCAUCAGUGGCAAGCCUUCCUCGCCAGUGAUAUCAUCCUUAUCAUCUGCCACGUCAUCAUCAUCAUAUUCUCCGUGUAUAUGCUAUACCUGGUGACUCACAAGCAUUUUGUGUUGUAUGUGGAGACACUGAGAACUUAUAGCUACAUUUUUAUCUUGUACAUUUUUGCUGAGUUCUGCUUCUCCAUUUUUGAAUUCUCUUUCUAUGGACUCAACACAUUUAGGCUGGCUUUUAUAGUGUUUCUCUGGCUGUACUGGCUAGCAAGAACAGUUGGCAACAUUGGUAUGGCCAUCAUUUUCUUCUCUCGCAUCCAGGAAAUAGAAGAUGACCUGGCACUGGAGAUCAGGUCUAUAGACAGGAAAUAUGUGCAUUCCUAUGUAAACUUUUGA